AUGGGGGCAUGUAGGACGGCUUCUACGUGUUCACCGGACGAGGCUCAAGGCAUGCAUGUGUUCGAUAUCUUGGGCUACAGCAAGCACAUGGGCAUGGGCAAAGACCCCGAUAGCUUCAUAAGAUCCAGGAUUUUCACUGUCGGCGGCCACGACUGGGCCAUCCGCUUCUACCCUGAUGGAUACGGUAAAUCAUCUUCAGUGCAUAAAACGGGACCCAGGAUUUUCAAUUCCGGUGAUGCUACUAAGUUUGCUCCACCUCAUUCUUCUUUCAAAAAGCGAAACGAGAUCGAGGGAUCAACUUACCUCAGGGAUGAUCGCCUGACGAUAGAAUGCAUCGUCACUGUUAUAAAAAAGCCACAUGUUGCCGCUACCAAGCCAUUGCCCAAGAUCGACAUGCCACCAUCUGACAUGACUGCACAUGUUGGCAGGCUGCUGGAAGAAAAGGAGGGAUUUGAUGUUAGUUUCAUUGUUGGGGAAGAGACCAUUGACGCGCAUAGGUUCGUUCUCGCUAUGCGGUCGCCUGUUCUGAAAGCAGAGCUCUACGGGCCGAUGAGGGAGGCGAGGCCUGGGCAGUGCAUAACCAUCAAGGACAUGCAACCUGCCGUUUUCAAGGCCCUGCUCCAUUUCAUCUAUACCGACUCUUUGCCGGGAGACAUGGAUCUUGAGGGAGAUGAGGAUACUGACAUGGUCCGGCUUUUGCUAGUGGCUGCAGAUAGAUAUGCCAUGGAGAGGCUCAAGCUGGUUUGCCAAAGCAUCCUUUGUGACGAUCUGAAUGCAGACACCGUGGCAACCACACUGGCUUUAGCUGACCAACAUAACUGCCACAAGCUUAAGGAUGCUUGCCUUGAAUUUAUGGAAAUGUCAGAUGACAUGGAUGCUGUGGUGGCAACCCAAGGCUUCAAGGAUGUCAAGGCGACUUGCCCAUCUCUCAUAGUGGACGCAUUGGAGAAGAGAAGAAAGUUUCGUAAAGCAUGAGCAGCUACAUAGGUAGAAUUGCCAAAUCAUAUAAACUGCUUGUCGGUAUUUGAUAAAUUUCUUGUACCCACUUGCCGUAGUGAUGGUAAGCUCAAUGCUAGAUGGAUCUCUGAAUAGUUAGGUUGAUUUUCAAGUCAUAUGGAUGAUAUGAAUGUUCUCGUAGAUGAACCCAGAUUUGUAUUCAUCAUA